AUGCAUCCCCACCCCUACCCCCACCCCCUCUCCUUUGUGUGUGCCCCCCAGUGGGCUUGCUCAUACGGGCGUCUUGGUGCUGUAGCGCUGCUGCUAGACAGGGGAGCGGACGUGAGUGCUACCGAUAACGAGUGCUGGACAGGCCUACACUGGGCUUGCCACACGGCAGCAACAGACACGGCAAGGCUGCUGUUGGAGCGCGGCGCGCCAGCCGAUGAGAGGGACACGCAGGAAUGGACCCCGCUUCAUGUCGCUUGCCACUCUGGAAGAACCGACACAGUGCGGUUUCUGCUGAGUGCUGGGGCCACCGUGUCUGCGAGAACGGACAAGAACUUGACGGCUUUGCAUAUCGCCUGCGAGAGCGGCUUUACCGACACAGCCAGGCUGCUGCUUGAUGCCGGGUUGCUCGUCUCUGCAGUAGACGAUGAGGCCUACUCGGCACUACACCUCGCCUCCGCGGGGGGGCACACGGACGUGGUUCGUCUCCUGCUGCAGGCCGGUGCAGAGGCGAACUCUUCGACGGAGAGGAACCACAGGCCGUUGCACCUAGCGGCGCAGUACGGGCACACUUCCGUCGUCCACCUUUUGCUCGAGGCAGGGGCUGCUGUGGAUGUUCGAGAUGACGGCAACUACACCCCGACACACCUCGCGUGUACCUACGGACACACAGAAACUACCAGGCUUCUGCUGGAGUACGGAGCCGACGUCGAGGCCCUGGAUUCUGAGGAGUGGUCCCCCUUCCACUGGGCCUGCCAGCUGGGGAACGUUUACACCGCACGCCUCUUGAUGGCAAGAGGUGCCAACAGAGCGGCUCGUACCUCACGAGGACACCAGGCCCUGCACCUCGCGGCUGAGAACGGGCACACAGAGACGGUCAGGAUGCUGCUCGACAACGGGGCCGACCCGAACGCCAAGGACGAGGUCCUCUACACUCCACUCCACUGGGCGGCCCAGUACGGACACCUCGAAGUGGCUUCACUGCUCCUUGCCAAGGGAGCCGGGCCCAGCCACCAAGCGGACUAUCUGGACACACCGUUGCACCUAGCGUGUCUCCUCGGACACGGCGCAGUGGUUUUGCUGCUGCUCGAGAACGGCGCAGAGCCUUCGGCGUUGGAUGAGGACGGGAAGCUACCGGAACAGGUGGUUGGAAUGGCGGAAGGGUCGAACAUCACCACAGCUGAAAAGGAGGCGAUAGCCGAAGCAGUCAUGGAGAGGCGAAGGCUCAUGUCGCCGGGAGGGGUGGGAGAGUCUGCCAACCUACCACACGGGACUGCCAGCCUACCACACGGUCGACAAAGCGGCGGCGGCGGCGGCGGCGGCGGCGGCGGGAGCUCGGAAAGGCUGUUACCGCUGCCGCGCUCCAUGGCCAUGGCUAGGAGUACAGCGCCGGUGGCGUCGGAUCUGAUGAUCGGCCGCUUCGCGUACGAAGGAGCUACAGAAGAAGAGGACGAUGACGACGACGACGACGAGGACGAGGACGAGGAGGAAGAGGAGGGGAGAAGGGGGGCCGGCAGAGGGGGGCACCAGAGGUCUUCCCGGGAGGAGCAGAUGGCCUCUUCACGGAGGCCAGUGUCAUCUCCGUCCCACGACUACUCGCUGGCUGCGGCGGAGUUAUCCCGCCUGAGGAUCGAGCUGGACCGAGCGCGCAAGUGCGUUGCCUGUCUCUCGAGAGAUCGAGACACGCUGCUGUUCCCCUGCAAGCACCUGGUGCUGUGCAGCCAGUGCUACACCCGCGUGGUGCGGCAUGCGGAGGACGACGCGGUGGGGGUGGACGCGGCGGCGGGAAUCGGCGGGCCCCCCGGGGUGCUCGGGACCGGGCGGUGCCCCACCUGCCGGGCGGACAUCUGCGGGCACCUCAGCGGGAUAGUGAUCAAUUAAAGUGGUUUGGCUGAUUUGCGGGCAGGUGGAAGAGGAGGAGAGGAGGGGGCCUGGAGACGAGGGGGGGGGCGGUGGGGGGUGGCUGCUUCUUCUCGUUGUGCCCAGAGCAGGGGGAGGGGGGUGCUGCUUGUCCUUGUGUGGAGGGCAGACGGUUACACCGAGGGGACAGGCGAGCUUUACAAAUGAGGCGGGGCUAAGGGCUAAGACUGGAGUGGCGUGUAUGGCCGUUCGAGCUUUGUUGGCUGCAGUCGCUCAGGUCGAGUGGAGGGAGGUGGGUGAGCGAGUCAUUGUCUGUGGUGGAAGUUACUCCCCGAAUCGGCUGGCCAAUGGGAUGGAAAGGGGCUUGAAUCGCCAAGGGCUGAGAGAAUGCCUCCCGCCUUGUGAACUCCAACGUGAAAGGGGCCAAAGGGAGAGAUUGGGAUGGGUCAUUCCUUCAGGCGUACUGCUGUAUAGGUCUGGUGUGUACUUGCAUGGGCGCAGUCCAAGGCGUUGCAGGCGCGGGGGGGGUGGGCAUUUCUGUUGCAUCAUGAGGCUUACGAUGAGGGCUGCGCUGCGGUUGUGUUCUGUGUGUUGUGGUAGAACAUACUGGCGAACGAUAGAAAGCCGGUGCUGUCGGAGGUGGUGCUAGAAAGGUGGCACAAUAUUGCGGGACAGCAGGUGCAUUGUAGGCCACUUGGAGUGUGUGUACGGCUGUGGGCGGUUUUGGUCUCAUGGUCUAUGAACUUUCUGUCGUGUUGUUGGUGCUGCUACCCUCCCCUACCCUCCCCUCCCCUCCCCAUACCAUACGCUAUUCUGUUCCUGUUGUAUUUAACGUUCUUGUAGUCGGAUGGCGUAAAGAGGCACGGAAAAUCUGAAACGUGAACUCACGAUACAUGGGUUGUAUGAUAGCGACGAAGGAAGGGCGGGGAGUAGAGGGCAUCCGCCGUGAUGCACUGGAAACAAGGGCUCAGCAGCAGUGCCGAGGACUGGGGGUAGUUUGCAUUGUCUACUGCCCUUCGCCUUUUCACUAUGGACUGGACCCCCACGCUACUCCCGUGUCAACUGAGUCGUGGUGGUUCUUUCCCCUAUGACUGCUGAGCAAGUUUCAAGGUCUUGAGUGCCUUGAGUAUAUCCCAGAAAUGGGUUGGCGGUCAUGUUGGCUUGGGCCAACGCAGUAGCUCGCUGACUUUCAAGGCUGAUUUUGGUGCCUUGGUCGGGCAGCGGGUGAAACAUUUCCUACAGGGCCUGUCGUAAUGUGAGUGAAGAACGUUCGAGAAAACGCACGCGCGUGCUACUAGAAAGCACCGGGUGCCAAGUAAGUGCGAUCGGAAGAGGAUCUUGGCCGAUUCGAAGACAUGCCGCAGUGCGUCACAGAUUCGAUUUUUGUAUUUUUGAUAUCUCGCUUCAUUGAGCGCUUGGGUGUUGGUGCAUCUUUUUGCGCUGCUGCUGCUGCUGCUGCUGUGUUGUGCUGCUGUGUUGUGCUGUGCGGGUGAUCGUCCGUGGUCGAGGUGCCGCGUGCACAGCGGCAAGGGUGGGGCCCUUGCUGUGUCUGUCUGGCGUCGUUUUCCAUCGUUCUUCAAAAUUUGCUGCUGUAGUGUACUGCCUGCAUCGUGCGCCGAGCGAGUUGACGGGAGUGAUGUGGGUCACAACUCCAAGCCACGGAUUAGGCGACGUACGUCUUUACUUUCAUUUAGUGUAUCAAAGUAGACCGCAGUAGUUGGAUUGAUCGUAGAUGUCGUAGAUCGGCGGCGGCAGCGAGACCUCGCGCGUGGUUGUGCAAGCGGUACGUUUGUUUUGUUUCGGGUAUGAGUCCCGUAGUGGUACGGUACGGUACGGUACGGUGAACACGUGCGCGCGGUUGUACAGCACGGUGGUGUGCGUGUGUCGUCGUCAAUGAUGCGUAUGUCGUGGUAUGCCUUCUCAGCCUGCUGUAGUUGAUUGGGGCGAACUCAUCCGGUCGCUGUCUGUUGCUGGUGACGAUGCUGCUGAAACGGUCCAACGGACUCACUCAUAAGAGUCUUGUGUGGCCGCCAAGGAGGGGACGACGGAUGGGAUGGGAGGAGCGUGGGGGUGCUGUUUCAUGCAUAGCGGAGGUAGGUUUAGGUAUCACAGGCGUGUGCUAGGUUUUGUUUCCACUCGAAACAGGCUCAAAGCACUUUUGUCUCCUUUCUACGUUUUUUUCGCCCGUCUUUCGAAUGGCAUACGAAGUACAAUACUCGAGUGUCACUCCUACACCCCUCUCCACCGCUGGGUAUUGCUGUUUGAGUUGGAUGUGAACAUUUUUAUCCUGCGCGAAUACUGUGGAACGUGUACAUUAUUUUGAUGUCAAGUUUGUCGCGCGUCCUGCGAGGUCUCCUGGCAUUCACUUCCAAAGCAAGAGCAGUCGCGCGUGCGUGGGUUGAAAUAUCUUGUUCAGUUUUCGGUUCAUGAAAUCGUUCUUUUCCGCGUGCAUGCAUGCGUAGCAGCGGGCGUAGCAAUCGCUUUGAUUUGAAAAAGAAAAUGUGUGCUCGUCUCAUCUUGUUGACUUCCCGUCUCUUGGGAGUAGUGUCCAAUGUGCCUGCCCACCCUGCUUGUGUGAAGGUGUAGUAGUAGUCUUUUUCUUAGAAUGAUAUACAUACGAUACUUUUGGAUGUAUGCGGUCCGUACGAUCACGCUUGUUUGUCUAGUAUAUUGGGGAAGGCGGAAUUUUCCACACGGUAUGUCUGUUUGGUUGAUCGCGAAAGUGAGUGACGAGCGGAGGGAGAGGAGCAGUUCGUAUCAUUAAAGUUUCAUUUAGAAAGGUGAACCGCAAAAAACAAAGGAAACUCACGUUUGACCCCGGAUUUGUAAACAAUAUUCCAAUAUGCAUGUGU